AUGUCGUGGUUCUCUCGCGGCACCGGCGGCAGCGGCUGGGGCGGUCGCUUCUCGCCCUUUGGGCGCAGCUCUCCCAACACCGGCGAGGUGUCUGAUUCCGACUAUUCCUACAUCACCUCGGCAGACCUGAAGAAGGAGGAGGGCCGCAACCGCAGCUCGUCGCGCCCCGAGAUUGUCGAAUGGGACGACAAGGACCCGAACCGCGCGACCGACGUACUGGUCUUCAAGAAGGACGGCACAAAGUACCCCACACACUUUGCCGCGCAGAGCAUACGAGAUGGUGAUCUGAGGAUCAGUACGGUACGGCAGGCAGCUGCGAAGAAGCUUGGCGUGGACGACCCGCGCCGGAUACGCUUGUUCUACAAGGGCAAGAACCUGAAGCACGACGAGCGCACGGCUCGCGAGGAAGGCCUCCGUGGCGAUGGCAGCGGCAGUGAGAUUCUGUGCUCGGUAGGCGAGACGGCUACCGGCAGCCUGGCGCCAGGUGCCGAGCCUUCGUCACCACGAGCCUGGAGCGACGGCGAAGACGAGGACGACACUAGCGGUAUCGACUCUGGCGUGAACACGUCCGGCAAGAAGAAGAACAGGAAGCGCGGUGGCAGGAAGAGCAAGAAGAAGGGCGCUCCCUCGUCGGACCCCAGCACGCCUGGCCUUGCGUACUCGAACGCUGGACCAGUCGCUGGCGCAGAGUACCUUCCCAUUCCUUCCAAUAUUCCUGGACCCCGACCGACGUCCAAGUCCGCACCUGUGUCUGGCGCCGCAACACCGCAGACCCCAAUGGGCAAGCUCGACGUGCUUGCGUCCAAGUUUCAUACCGAAUACGUCCCGCUGUGCGUCAAGUACAUGCAGAACCCACCUGAAGAGCCAGCGAAGAGGCAAUUCGAGUACAAGAAGCUGUCUGAGACCAUCAUGACGCAGAUUCUGCUGAAGCUGGAUGGUGUUGAGGUCGAAGGCGAUCAAGACGCCAGGAUGAGGCGGAAAGAAUUGGUCAGGGAGGUGCAAGGCAUGCUCAACAAGCUAGAUGAGAUCAAUCGAGUCUGA